CGCCCCCGGUGCCCGCCCCCGCCGCUUCCCGCCGCCACCCGCCAUGGCGCCGUUCGAGCCGGAGGCGCUGCCCGAGCUGCUCCCAGUCUUCUACCGGCGGCUCUUCCCGUACGGCGCCUACGGCCGCUGGCUCGGCUACGGCGGCGUGGUGAAGAACUACUUCCAGCUGCGGGAAUUCUCCUUCACGCUGCGGGACGAUGUCUACGUGCGGUUCCAGUCCUUCGGCAGCCCCCAGGAGCUGGAGCGGGAGCUGCAGAGGACCAACCCCUACAAGAUCGAUAUCGGGGCCAUCUACUCCCACCGGCCCAACCAGCACAACACGGUGCACCUGGGGGGGGCCUUCCAGCCUCAGGAGAAGGAGCUGGUCUUUGACAUCGACAUGACGGACUACGACGACGUGCGGACGUGCUGCAGCUCAGCUGACAUCUGCUCCAAGUGCUGGACCCUGAUGACCAUCGCCAUCCGCGUCAUUGACCGCGCGCUUGUGGAGGACCUGGGCAUGAAGCAUCGUCUGUGGGUGUACUCGGGCCGGCGGGGUGUCCACUGCUGGGUGUGCGACGACGCGGUGCGGAAGUGGUCCCCGGCGCUGCGGGCGGCCACCGUGGAGUACCUGAGCCUGGUGAAGGGCGGAGCAGAGACCGUGAAGAAGGUGAACCUCUCCGAGCCCAUCCACCCCUUCAUCAGGCGGUCGGUCAGCGUGGUGGAGAAGUACUUCGAGGCGUUCGCACUGGUGAGCCAGGACAUCCUGGGCAGCCCAGAGAGCUGGGAGAAGGUGCUGGCACUUGUCCCGGAGGAGCACCGUGAGCUGCUGCAGGGCGAGUUCCCCAAGAAGCGGGACUCGGUGCAGCGCUGGGAGCUGCUGAAGAGCAGGAUGGAGCGGACACGGCGGGGGCCGGGGGCCGGGAAGAACGUGCCGUGCUAUGCAGACUGGGAGAUCAUGCUGCAGUACUGCUUUCCCCGCCUCGACAUCAACGUCAGCAAAAGCAUCGGGCACCUGCUGAAGAGCCCUUUCAGCGUCCACCCCAAAACAGGUCGUAUUUCGGUGCCGCUGGAUCUGCAGAGGCUGGACCAGUUUGACCCAUUUGCUGUCCCCACCAUCAGUUCCCUGUGCCACGAGCUGGACACAGCUGGCCAAGACGGGGAGCAGGAUGGUGAGGAAACGGAGCCAAAGCGCCGUGUGCGGGACUAUAAGAAGACGAGCCUGGCGCCCUACGUGCGGGUCUUCGAGCAGUUCGUGGAGGAGAUGGAGCACGCCCGGAGAGGAGAGCUGCUCCGCAGGAGCGACCUACAAGGAGAUUUCUGAGGCCUCCAGGCUGCCAUGGGACCAACUGCCAUCACCAAUUCCUGUGUCAUCACCUCCACCGCCAGCUGCCGGGGGUCCUGGUGCCUCGGAGCUGGGGCGCCAGCUCCCUGAUCCCCUCCCCCCCAGCCCCACGCGGGCCCUUCCCACCUUUUGUACCUUUUCUACGCAAAGACCAUUAAAUGUCUGUGGUCA